UACCAGGCCCAAGAAUUCUGCAAAGAACUGGGAGGAGAUCUGGUGAAGAUCAGCAGUGAAGAAGAAAACGAGUUUGUACUGAAGCUGGUUAACAAGCGCGCUCCGUCAUUGCGUCAGGUUUGGCUGGCACUGGAGUGAAACCCGCAAAGAAAAGCGUUUAUCUGGGCUGACAACUCAAUUCCGACAUUCAAGAAAUGGUUUGCAGGUGAGCCGAAUGGAAAU